ACGUAAUCUUCUUAGAAUUAUAUACCUACAGUGAUUUUAUUUAACAUAACAAAGCAAUAGUGUUCAUAAAUAAACUAGAAGGAUUGUUAAUUUAAAAAUUCUACAAAUUCAAUAGGACAUUUCUUUUAUUUCAAUUCCAAAUAUAUGAUCAAUAUGAUCUGAGGUACAAAAAAAUACUGAGGCACAAGAAUCUACCUGAGGAAUAAAACUAACUUACUAUUGGAAAAUUAAUCACUAAUUUAACAAAACCCCAAAACAAUGGUGAUCCGUGAUGACUUCUACAAAUGUGAGACAGACGUCCAAUUGAACGGCAAAGUUGCCAUUGUGACCGGAGCUACUUCAGGUACUGGGCUGGAAGUAGCCAAGAAUUUGGCUAGACGGGGUGCCAGAGUGAUUAUAACUGGUAGAGACACCAAAAGGCUGGAGGAUGCUGAGAAGAACAUAAAACAAUCGUCGGGAAAUGAUAAUAUUGUGUCUAGGAAGAUGGAUUUUGGAAGAUUGGAAACCGUAAGAGACUUUGUCAAAGAAACGAUAGCCACAGAGCCUAAAUUAGAUAUCUUAAUAAAUAACAUUGGUGCAAUCGGACUACAAGACAUGCAAACACAGGACAAUCUACACCUAAUGAUGCAAGUCAACUACUUCGGAACAUUUCUGCUUACUUAUCUGUUAUUCCCGUUAUUAAGUGCAUCUGCACCGAGUAGAAUAGUAAAUGUAUCAUCUCUAGCACUCAUUUUAGGUCACAUAGAUCUGGAUCAUAUGAACGAUGUGGGAAAAUACUCAAACUUUGGCUACUACUGCAACGCUAAACUGGCAGAAAUUUUAUUUACAGUUGAAAUGAAUAAAAGAAUAAACGGUAGUGGUGUUGAGGUGUUCAGCAUGGAUCCAGGUUUAGGCAAAUCGAAAUUCUUCAGACAUCUAGACAAUGGAGUUUUAAAAGAUAUUUUACAUAAAGGAUUGGAAAUUUUUGGGUUACCAUUAGAAAGAGUAGCAACUCUGCCUGUGUAUUUGGCUGUAGAUCCAAAAGUAGCAAAUUUUAGUGGGAAACAUUAUAGAUAUUGUGAAAAAUAUUACAGUAGUUGGUUUGCUGAGGACGAAGAACUAACCAGAAAUCUUUGGAAGGAAUCGAAAAGGCUUUUAAAUAUAACUGGACUUGAAGAUUGGGAAGAGAAAGGAAUUAGAUAAUAGAAGAAAGCUUAGGAAAAAGUAAAAGUUUGGUAAAAAAAUAUACAAAAGGUUAUGGAAAAUGCACGCGACUACUGAACCCAAAGAAGAAUUUAUGUUUGGCGUCUUUAAAAGGAAUCUCAGAAAAUGACGACCUUGUUGCCCGCGACUUCGUUAAUAAUCAGCAGAUUACAGAGAGAGAAAAAAUUGUUUAUACCUGCAAACAACCUGUAUACGGUAAAACCUGUUUGCUUGACUUCUUUCUUUUUGGAUUUAAUUUUACGGCCAAUGUCAUGAC